AUGCUCGAUUCCACAACAACGACACCGAACGAAGUGAUUGAGGAACAAGCGAAACGAAUAAAAGAAGCAGAAAACAAGAUAGCCAUUCUACAAGCCGCACUCGAUGUUCCUGGAACAGACAACAACCGAGUGGAAAUUCUUCAGAACUGCUGCGAAAGAUUGCAACGUCAAGUCUUUGAAAUGGAAGAAUUCUUGCACGACUACGGUCUGGUUUGGGUUGGUACGCAAACGACGACAGACUUGACAAAUCCAUCUGAAAGCGGACCAAUGGGCUUGAGAUUUGGCACACCAGAAAAGAAUAAUGUUAUAUUCGACAAAAUUGUUGCCAAAAUUCAUGCAUUGAAUGAGUGGGUUGGUCAGGAUGAAUUGGAAGUUUGUCGGGAUCCAAAGUAUGUGAAUCGCGCGUAUCUGAAGGAAAGACCAAUGAUUCCAAUUACCCUCUAUGCGGAUGGCAUCUGUCUGUACAGAGGACCAUUUCGACCAUUCCAAGAACAAUCAACAAUGCAAUUUAUUCAGGACAUCCUUGACGGUUACUUCCCCUCAGAGCUCCAAAGAGAAUUUCCGGGUGGAGUACCUUUCAGUUUGACGGAUAAGAGAACCGAAUACUUCAUUCACAAAGACCGAUUUGGUCAGAAUGGUUCACCUCGCAGGAAAGACUGUGGGUCAUUGGAAGUGAACGAAACUCAAAAAUCUAGCAAGCGCAUAUCAGAUGAUCCAACCGGACUCUCGAAAAACCACGGCCACAUACAAGGUACGGAGACGAAGCUCUUGGAAGAAGCUGGACUGUACCCGACUUUCGAUCUUGAGCCGUUAACUAUGGACGAUCUGCUCAAACGGUUACCAGAGAAGUCAAUCACCAAAUCCGGUCAAAUAGUUAACAUUCGACAAGACAUACAAGCAAAGGUUGGUGGUCAGUUCGGCGAAUACGCUGUACAGCAGGUGAAUCUCCAACCUCAGGUCAAUGAAGACCUAUCCAGCGUCGCUGGCGCGGUAUCCAAAUUCCUGUCACUCCGAGUCCGUUCAGAAGAUGGGUCACACAUCUACAAUUUGCGGAUGGCAUCUACAGACACUGUGAGACAGCUAUACAGCUGCCUGAAUCUUGCUAGGUCGGACACAAAUCCCUAUCGUCUUGUCACAAUGACCGCAGUACAGUCAACCAGUGCCAACAUGACAGAUCGGUAUUGCCGUCAAACCUUGGACAACUUAGAUGCGACCUUGGAAGAAGCUGGUCUUGGAACUAGAACAAUGCUACGUAUGGAGAAGACGAAAGAAGUGAAAUUUUCCUCAGAUCUGAGCAAGCUGUUUACUGACCCGGUUCUAACACAACGCGAAUGGAAACCACCGACAUCAUUGACCGCUGGUCGCGAAGCUGUGGAUGGAACACAUAGCCAAACGAACAGCGAAAAUGGCUGUCAGACAACACGAAGACAGGAUUAAUGCUGGAGAAACUGCCAAUUUUCCGUCUCACACUCUGUGCCAGAGAAGUCUACUUUCUCAGACAACUGGCGAAGCCGAAUAGAAAAAGGAAUCAGCAGAUCUAAAUUAGAAAUGGAUCAGAUAUUUACGAAAGACAAUAUCCUUGCAUUGCAACAACUCUUGCGUGAUCCGGAUGAGAGUGAAAGUGAAUCGGAAGAGAAGAAGCCAUCCGUUGCUCAAAUGAAGCCCAGCGAUAUUGGACCAAAACCAAGAACAAAAUCCAAGAAGGAGAAGCAACCACAAAAGAUUCGAAAUCCAGAUGAAAUAUGGGAUGUCGAUGAAGUUCCCGAGGGCAAUGAAUAUGGAGAUAUUUACGAUCCAAGACCGCAGCCCGAGUACGAACUGUUUUAUAAGCAGUCAGUUACCACGGAAGACAUCUAUCUUCAAAUGGGCAUGAAGAAUCCAACUACUGCGAGCUGUGAAUUUCUAGUGGCUCGAAUCAAACUUCCAGGCUGCAAAAAGGAAGAGCUGAAACUGGAUGUAAAAGAGAAAUUUCUUGAUCUCCGCUCCCCACAGUACAAACUUGGUCUCCACUUGCCCAACACAGUGGAUCCAAAUUUGAGCAAAGCUGAUUGGGAUGAGAAGAAAGAGGUUCUGGAAGUUACCAUGAAAAACAAAAGAGAAUACGACUUUAUGAACGAAUAAAGAAGCCAGCGCGUGUUUGUCCUUUUACCAAAUACAUUGCAUUUGUUGUACCUGUAAAUAGGGCGAUUCAGUCAACGGCCACCUGCAGUGUUAACAAGUGCGUAUCAAUAAACCGGGU